AUGUUGGCACAAGUGCGAACGCAAGUAAGAAGACAAACACAAGCAUCACAAGCAUCACAAGCAUCACAAGCAUCGCAAGCAUCGCAAGCAUCGCAAGCAUCGCAAGCAUCGCAAGCGUCACAAGCGUCACAAGCGUCACAGGUAGGGACAAUACAAGUACCUUCUCUAGAAAGAUGGGACAGGGGUGGACGAAAGGAUACGAAAAAUGCUCGAGAUGAUCAGCGUGCAACAACUUUUCCGGCAUUGCUUGCGUCAAUCAAAAGGACUAUGGAUGCAUAUCCCCAAUGUGUGACAUUGACUCAAGUAGGGAGUUUCUAUGAACUAUACUUUGACCAAGCCGAAGAAUAUGGGCCCAAGCUCGGUCUCAAGGUUGCUCUGAAAAAGACAAAAAACUUUGACGUACCCAUGGCCGGUUUUCCAGUAUCCCAGCUAAGAAAAUAUACAGAGGCUCUAAUACACGAACACGAAGUCAAUGUUGCAAUAGUUGACCAGUCUGAUGUCACCAACAAGACAGCGGAAAACAUAGUACACCGUAAAGUAUCGCGAAUAGUCUCACCAGGAACUUUGUUGGAUGAAAGCUUUAUGAAUUUUGAACAAAAUAAUUUCUUGGCUGCCAUAUCGAUCCCGCCCAACGCAACAAAACUUCCACCAGACCCUGAUAUGGUGGUUGGUUUGACAUGGAUUGAUAUCUCUGUUGGUGACACGUUUGUUCAGCAAACUACCUUGGGCAAGCUAACUGCUGAUAUCUCGAGAAUCAACCCCAGUGAGGUAAUUUUAUCCAAAGAUUUCAUUGACAAUCCAGCGGAAGAUUUUAGUUCUUGGUACCCGCCUUUGCAAGAAUUGCGGAAGUUUUUUUUAAGGUACCAUAAACUCGAUUACGAGGUAACAAAAGUAAAAUUUAAAGGAUCCCCUCAGAUGAUAAGAAAAGCAUUUGAGGCGUUGGACAUGAGAGAACAAGCAGCAUUGAAUCUCGCCCUUUCGUAUGUUGGUGUGAAUUUGCCUGAAAAGGAUAUAAUGUUGGAAUUACCAACGCGGUUUUAUAGUGAGUCUACACUUCAGAUGGACCCCAGGACCCGUGAAGCAUUGGAAUUGACAGAAAGAGUUAAAAGUGGGAAGGCGUCUGUUACGGGAACCUUGCAUUCAACAAUGAAGAAAACUUGCACUUCCUCGGGAGCACGGUUGUUGCUUCAAUGGCUUAAAGCACCUUUGACAGAUAUUAAAGAGAUUGAAAAGAGGCAAAACUUGGUUAAAGUGUUUUUUGACGAUAGUCAGCUUCGGUUGAAUUUACGGUACCAAUUGCAGAACUUACCAGAUUUUUUGCGUGUUAUUCAAAAACUCUCAUUGGGCACAGGAGACCAACUUCACUGUUUGAGAACUAUUGCCGAUGGAUUAGUGGAUUUAAGCAAGUUGAAAAACUUCUUGAAAGAAGAAUGUUAUAGACAACCUGUAAUUGGGUCUGCUUUGGAACCAUUUCUUGAUGAAAUUAGAAUCCCGUUGCACGUGGCAGAGUCUAUUAUUGAUGCUACUGACUUUUUGAUGCCCUCCGAGCUGUGGGAGGAUGGCUUUUCAGGCAAAGAAGAGGUAACAGUCGGAGGAGUAAGUGGUGCUACUAAUGUAGCUGAAACUUUCACUAGUCUUACUGUUUCCAAUUUUUCUACUAAGUUAUCUGGCGCGUCUACUACGUCUACCGCGUCUACCGCGUCUACUGCGUCUACUUCGUCUACUGUUGAGAGCGAGACGAACUCUUAUACUAACGAAUUUUUGGAAAAGUACAGGCUUAAUCCCAGCUCCUUGCUGUCGACUCUACGUAUUCGUCAUGACUAUGAUCAAACAUUGCAAUCCUUGAAUAAAGACUUGAAAUUUUUGAUGGAUGCUGAAAGAGAUUUGUAUGCUCAAAUAUGUCAAAAAAUAGCCAGUAUUGACCCAAGAGCAAAAAUCGCCAAGAAAGAAACGUUAGGUAGAAGAUCACACGUCUUGAUUAUUACUACGAAGGAUUCUGCAAAGGAAAAAAUCAUAAAACUCCUUGGAAAUGGAGUGCUUGAGUCAAGAGCAAAAACUGUGAUUUAUCGCUCAAAAGAAUGGUUAGAUAUUCAACAUAAUAUAAAGGAUAAACAAGAGUCGAUUGCUGAGGCUGAAGAAUCUGUCAUAAAAGCAUUGAAGAUGCAAGUUUUUGACGAGUUGCACGAUGUUAGACUGCUGGCAAAAGCAGCAGAUUAUCUUGAUGUCACUUCAUCUUUUGCUAUCAUCGCUGAAGAGAACGAAUGGACGUGUCCCAAGAUAGUUAAUGAUACGACAUUGAACAUUGUUGGUGGUCGGCAUGUUGUAGUGGAUACCAGUUUAAGAGAGGCGCGCAAGAUGUUUGUGCGAAACAACUCAUACCUUGAUGAAAAGGAACGGAUGUGGAUAAUCUCUGGUCCUAAUAUGGGUGGAAAGAGCACGUUUUUGAGACAGAAUGCACUUAUUGUUAUUUUGGCACAAAUGGGAUCAUUUGUACCGGCGGAGAAAGCUACUAUUGGUAUAGUGGACAAGAUAUUUACACGAAUUGGUGCCUCCGAUGAUCUCUACAAUGAUUUGAGUACUUUCAUGGUGGAGAUGGUGGAAACUAGUAAUAUAUUAAGAAACGCCACCGCCAGGUCAUUGGCGCUUGUAGAUGAAAUUGGCAGAGGCACCAGUGGGAAAGAAGGCUUGGCUAUUGCAUAUGCAGCCUUGGUAGCACUUCUUCAAAGCUGUAAAUGCAGAGCCUUCUUUGCAACUCAUUUUGCCGGAGAGCUUAAAAACCUUCUUGAUGCACGGGGCAUUGAACAGGAUAGUAUUCUGUUUUAUCGUACAAAAGUGUUUAAAUCUUCAGACAGCACGGGUCAAAAUUUACCAAUAAUCAUAGAUCAUACCUUAGAACCUGGAAUCAGUGAGAGGUCAUAUGCAUUAGAGGUGGCACGACAAGCAGGUUUUCCAGACCAUGUCCUCAAGGAAGCAGAAGUUGCAUUGGCAAUGUUGUGA